AUGUUAACAGAUGCAACAGAUAAUCAAUCAUGUUUAAAAUAUUCUCAACAAGGUUUACGUACAUCAUUUCAAUGUCAGAAAUGUAUAGCGCAACGUCUUUUAUCAAUAUUAAAUGGACGUAUACAAACAUUUCUUAAAGAAAUGGUUAAAAUAUAUAAAAUAAAAAAUAAUAAAAAAAAAGCAAUAUAUGAAGAUUAUAAAGAAAUGUAUAGUAUAUCAUUACGAGUAAAUGAAACAUCAACAACAUUUCCAAAAGAUUUAUAUGAUACAAUUGAACGUUUAAAAAAGAUUUAUGAAAAAAAUAUCAGUGAUUAA